CGCCGACAAUAAUCAUUGGUAAACAUGGCUGCUAAAAGCAGUAUCACAGAACCAAUUCGCAUAGAGUUUAGUAAUGAAUUACUCUGUCCAUCAGAACUAUUUCAAGCACGAAGCCGAAGCCAUAGAAUUCCUAUAAAGGGCGAAAAAGAUUUUUGCCCUAAUGACACUGAGCAGCAGAGGGUGUGCUUGCAAAAGACUUUUAACGAGCACUGGUUGUUGGUUGCAGAGGAGCGAGUAGAAAGGAUUGGGAACCUUGUAAUUGCGGAAUGGAUUCCCAAAGAAAGGAUAGUAAAACUGUUGUCGCCAGCAGGGAAGUUUUGGCAGACAAUGGGGUUUUCAGAUCGAGGGAACCAGUGUUUGUUUCCAGAGGAGGCUCUUUACCUUAUGGAGUGUGGUUGCUUGCAAGUUUUCUACAAGGAUUUUCCUCUGUCAAUUCAGGAGGGCUAUGAAAACUUUCUUACUGACGAAACAGUGACUUUACAUCAUUACCAAGUCUUUGCUCAUUUAAAGAGACUGGGAUAUGUGGUAAAUCGCUUUGACUCUAGACACUAUAAACAAGAAGUUACCACAUCGAGAAAUACCAGAGCAGCUGCAGGCCAGACAAAAACAACCCAGCCUUCUCAGGAUGAGCAUAUCAAUUCAGAGGUAGACUCCGCUAAUAAGCCAGACAGAAACUGGUGGAUGGAUGUUUUAAGCAAAUCACGUCCUACUUCAAAUCAGCCUUCAGUUCCACGCUGGGACUUUAGAUGCAUCGUUUUCCCUGAUCUGGGCUCAUGUAGUGGCAACCAUGCAUUUCUGGCUUCUCCUGAUCCCAGUUUGCUCCCUGGUGCACUUUGGGUGCCUAGGUGUCAUAUGGUCCCCUGGCAAAAAAAGAUCAACCUCAAAGGGGAUUGUCUGUCAAGAAAAGAACAACAGAGGGAGCACAACCAAAUGCAUUGCAACAUAAAUGACAAUGGUGAGGUAUCCAGCUGCAAAAAUUGGGCAGAGUAUUCCGAGCUGGUAACAAACACUAAGAGUCAACAAUGCAGGGAAAGACCUGCCCACCGUUGGGAGCAGAUCACACCACUUACUCAACCUGGGCAGUGUAGUUCACAUAGUAUUCUUUUGAAGCAAGUCGGCCUUAUUCAGUCUUCUGGUUUGCUGGAAGAAGCCUCCAGCCACAUACGGUUACCCCAUUCAGGUGAAAUGAGGAUCUCAUUUAAUGUUUACCAGUCUGAUACAGUUGCUGAGUUUAAGAAGAGUCAGCCAGGAAAACCUUAUACAUGCAUGUGUGUUUGCAGUUUUGACAAUCCAGUGCCAGACUUAAUUGACAUGAAGCAGCUGUUCUUCCAGAGCAAGGAUGUGGCUGUAACGUUUGCAGUAGUGGACCAUGGAGACAUUUCCUUCUACUGUUUUAGGGACUUCAAGCUUCCUGCUUAUGUAUAUUAACUUAUGUUCAUUCUUGGUCACUGGUGUAUUAACCCAUGUACUAAAUAAUUCAGAUGUAGCUGCAUGUUUAUUUUGAUAGUGUAUUUAAAAAAAAAAAAACAAGAAUAAACUUGAAAAAAUCCAAA